CGGCGGUACCGGCUGCGGGACGGCUGCUGGGUGCUGUGCGCCCUCCUCGUCUGCUUCGCGGACGGCGCUUCGGACCUGUGGCUGGCGGCCCACUACUACGUGCGGGGGCAGCGGUGGUGGUUCGGGCUGACGCUGCUCUUCGUGCUGCUGCCCUCGCUCGUGGUGCAGCUGCUCAGCUUCAGGUGGUUCGUGUACGACUUCGCCGUCGGCACCAAGGACAACGCCGGCGGCCGCCGCGGCUGCUGCCGCCUCUGCGUCUGGUUGCUGCAGGGCUGCAUCCACCUGCUGCAGCUGGGGCAGGUCUGGAGGUACCUCCGCACGCUGUACCUGGGGCUGCAGAGCCGCUGGCAGGCCGAGCACCGCCGCCGCCACUUCUACUGGAGGAUGAUGUUUGAGAAUGCAGAUAUCAGCAUGCUGCGGCUGCUGGAGACCUUCCUGAAGAGCGCACCGCAGCUGGUGCUGCAGCUCAGCAUCAUGGUGCAGCAGAAUGACAUCGAGGCACUGCAGGGGUUCUCGGCCUCGGCCUCACUCGUCUCCCUGGCAUGGAUGAUUGCCUCUUACCAGAAGGUGCUGCGGGACUCACGGGAGGACAAGAUGCCCAUGUCCUACAAGGGAGCUGUGGUGCAGAUCCUGUGGCACCUCUUCACCAUCGCUGCCCGCGCCAUCGCCUUCGCCCUCUUUGCCUCCGUGUUCCAGCUCUACUUUGGUAUCUUCAUCGUCACCCACUGGUGCAUCAUGACCUUCUGGAUCAUCCAGGGCGAGACGGACUUCUGCAUGUCCAAGUGGGAGGAGAUCAUCUACAACAUGGUGGUGGGCAUCAUCUACAUCUUCUGUUGGUUCAAUGUCAAGGAGGGACGGAGCCGCUACCGCAUGUGCAUCUACUACAUCAUCACGCUGUCGGAGAACGCCGCCCUCACCAUCCUCUGGUUCCUCUACUACGACCGCAAGACCAUGUCCGACUUCAACGCCUUAAUCCUCGUCUGCGUGGUCAGCUCCAGCUUCGCCCUCGGCAUCUUCUUCAUGUUCAUCUACUACUGCCUCUUGCACCCCAACGGCCCCAUGUUCGGUCCCAGCUCUGGGGGCUGCAUUUUCCGGCAGCGGCCGCCCCCCGCGCCGAGUUCCCCUGCGGACGUGGUCACCAAGCCGGGCGUUGGGUUCGGUCAUCCCUUCCAUUUCGGGGUGUUCUGCGGUUCUGCGGCUGCGAGGAGCGGAGCUGUCGAUGUGCGAAUAAUCCUCGGAGGAAGAUUAAACAGAUCGGAAGAUUACCGGCCCUAA